AUGGCUCGUCUGCGGUGUUCAGGACCUGUGUCGUCGUCGCCGCCGCCCCAGACGCACCGGACGCCGUCGCCGAGCUCGAGGAUGCCCGCCGCCGGAGACGUGGUGGGUUCGCCUCUGGCCGCCGCCGCCGCCAGGCUCGGCAAGCACCGCCUGCCCGCCGACCCCAGCACGGGCGACGCGGGCCCGCCGGCCAAGCGGCCGCGCGCCGCUCGCGACCUGGCGCUGCGCCUCUUCGCCUUCCGCGACUGGGUCUGCUGCCUCGAGCCGGACGACCAGGGCAACGUUCCCCUCCACUGCGCUGUACUGGCAGGUGAUAUCAACCGAAUCAAGCGGCAGUGCUGUGUCCUGAGAGCUCGCGACUACUCUCUGGAUAUCUGCAAUAACGAGGGAGAGACUCCAUUGCAUCUUGCUGUUAUACAUAAGAUGACAGAAGCUGUAGACAUACUGAUCAAAUUUGGAGCAAAGCCACAAUUCAGGGAUAAAGCUGCCAACACUUCAUUUCAUUUGGCUGUACAGAGGGAUGCACAUUGUCCAGAUAUUCUGUGGCGCUUGCUGACAGCUCCAGGUCUUCGGAAAACUGAUCUAGAACUGUUCAAUGAUGAUGGUUACGCGCCGAUGCAUCUGUGUGCUAUGUAUGAUAAAGUGGAAGAACUUCGGGCGUUGAUUUCCAGUGGCGCCGACGUGAAUUUAAAGGAUACAAAAAGUGGUCGCACUCCACUGUUCCAUGCUGUGGAGACAAAUUCUGCUACAUGUUGUCGUGCCUUGCUGCAGAGUGGUGCCAACUCCACAGAACAGAAUUAUGCUGGGCACACGCCUAUCAUCGCAGCUUCAGAAUUCGCAAAUCCAAAUGUUGAGGCUGCAAUGAUAAAUCAUAAAGAAGUACAUGAGGACAUUAUUGCACAACUUGAACGUGGAAGACACCGUAACAGUAUAAUGGAAAAUUGACUUUCUUCAGGUGUACUGAGAGAGAAUUGAACAAAGCAUCCGUUUUGAGGGAUGUAGUAAGUUUUAUUGUGAUCAUAAUUUUAACUUUGGACUGGAACAUGGGACACAUAGUAAAUGUAUGACUGUGUGAUUAUGGGAAAUAUUUUUCUCAUAUAACUUCAGCCAGUGUGAUAUUUAUUGAAAGAAGUAGUAGCUCACGACAUGUCAGCUUCAUGAAAUUACUGCACCACUGUGGUCCUGUUAAUAUUGUCAUAUGUUUUUUUAAUUUUUGGUCACAACUGAAAAUUAAAUGUCUAGCAGUUCUGCUUAUGCAGAUCGACUUGUUCCAAUGUGUGUUAUGCUUCUCCUAUGCAGUUAAUAAUUAACAAAGUAGCUGUAAACAUUGCAGUGGUUACAAAUAAAUAGGGCCAAGGAGCUUCUUGAAAUGUGUGUUCUGGAUGUUGUUGUAAAGAAACACAAUUGUAAACAUUGCGGUGGUUACAAAUAAAUAGGGCCAAGGAGCUUCUUGAAAUGUGCAUUCUGGAUGUUGUUGUAAAGAAACAUACCACCAUUGGAAUUGUUCCUGUAUAUGAUGAUUGAAUGUUCUGAAACUAUUAAAUAUGAGUGAAAAAUAUCAAGGCAGUAGUUGAAGCUCGGGUGAAAACAUCAGUUGAAUAUGCUGUCACCAUUUAAAUAAACUUUUAGAGUUGUAUAUA